AUGUUAGAAAAAAAGUUUGCUGACAUUGACAAGAAAUUUGAGAAUGUUUUAAACAAGAACAAGAGGAAGUUGGAAAAUGCUCAGAUAAAACCCAUACAUGACAAGUUCUUAUUUGCUCAGAAUGGUAUAACAGGUCUAAUUGCACCACCUGGGUCGGGUAAGACUUUCACUUAUCUUAAAAUGGCUGCACAACAACAAGAACUAGAUGAGAAGAACCCAUUCUAUGAGUUAGUUGUCAUUUGUAGUACUUCGGGUCAAUUUGACCAAACCGUAAAUUCGUUCAAAGAUAUUAUAAAGAAGUCUAAGUUAGUAUGUAUAAAAGACUCUGAGUUGUUAG